CCGCCGCCCCAGCGCCUCUGCUGUUACCGACCGUGUCCGCCAGAGGGCGCUCGGGCUCCGGUGUCAACACGCGCCAUUCGAUUGUGGAAAAUGCCACCAGAUGGCGGUUUAGGAUUGCUGCUCUUCUGAAAGGCGCGGUUCCUUCUCCCGGUCCAAUUUUCAAUUAAUAAAUCCAUAUACACAAAAACUUUUAUCGAAUUCCGAAUAUCGGGAACGCCAAUGUAUACGACCAUGAGCAUCUCAGACUCAGAAUUACAGUGUUAAAACUGUACUGUGAUCAGCACUUAAAGCACACUGAAAAGCCUCAACCAGCAGAGCUCACAGCACUACACAUCAGACCUGUGACACACAACCUGUCUGUCCAUAACCAUGAUCACGUCAGAGCUGCCAGUCCUACAGGACUCCGGUGAGACGGGUCAGGAUACGGUGAGUCUCAGCAUGAGUAUGAGCGAGCUGGAUGACUCUGGUGAUGGAAAGGCCAAGAAGAAGAGAGGAAGGCCUGGCAGACCUCCUGCACCCAACAAAAAGCCCCGGAAGUCACCAUCGGAAAAAGGGCUGGUGGGGGCCCCGCGUGGACGGAAGGCCAAUGGGAUGGCACAGCACAAUGGCGAGGGAGAUCCUGUCACUCUUUUUGAAGUGGUCAAACAGGGCAAGAGUGCAAUGCAGUCAGUGGUUGAUGACUGGAUUGAAUCGUAUAAGCAGGACAGAGAUUUAGCACUUUUGGACCUCAUCAACUUCUUCAUCCAGUGCUCUGGCUGUAAAGGCACUGUUAGAAUCGAAAUGUUUCGCAACAUGCAGAACGCUGAGAUCAUCCGCAAAAUGACAGAAGAGUUCGAUGAGGACAGUGGCGAUUACCCCUUGACCAUAUCCGGUCCAUUGUGGAAGAAGUUUCGCUACAACUUCUGUGAGUUCAUUGGCGUUCUGAUCCGACAGUGUCAGUACAGCAUCAUCUACGACGAGUACAUGAUGGACACGGUCAUCUCUCUGCUCACGGGUCUGUCUGACUCACAGGUCCGGGCCUUCAGACACACCAGCACUCUGGCAGCCAUGAAGCUCAUGACAGCUCUGGUGAACGUGGCUCUGAACCUGAGCAUUCACCAGGACAACACACAGAGACAGUAUGAAGCAGAACGCAACAAAAUGGCGGGAAAGAGGGCAAAUGAGAAGCUUGAACUUCUUCUCCAGAAGAGGAAAGAGCUUCAAGAAAACCAAGACGAAAUCGAAAACAUGAUGAAUUCAAUCUUCAAGGGAAUCUUUGUUCAUCGCUAUAGGGACGCAAUAGCUGAGAUCAGAGCUAUUUGUAUAGAGGAAAUUGGUGUGUGGAUGAAAAUGUAUAGCGACGCCUUUCUGAAUGACAGCUACUUGAAAUACGUGGGAUGGACCUUACAUGACCGGCAAGGCGAGGUGCGGUUGAAGUGUUUGAAAGCCUUACAAAACCUCUACACCAACCGGGAACUUUAUCCUAAACUUGAGCUCUUCACAAACCGCUUCAAGGAUCGGAUCGUGUCCAUGACCCUGGAUAAAGAGUAUGAUGUUGCAGUAGAGGCCAUCAGACUGGUGACGUUGAUCCUACAGGGUAGUGAGGACGCUCUGUCUAAUGAAGACUGUGAGAAUGUCUAUCAUCUGGUGUAUUCUGCUCACAGGCCUGUGGCUGUGGCUGCUGGGGAGUUUCUACAUCGAAAGUUGUUCAGCAGACAUGACCCUCAAGCGGAGGAGGCUCUGGCCAAACGCAGGGGCAGGAGCAGCCCCAACGGAAACCUCAUCCGCAUGCUGGUCCUCUUCUUUCUGGAGAGUGAGCUGCACGAGCAUGCUGCUUAUCUGGUGGACAGUUUGUGGGAGAGCUCACAGGAGCUGCUGAAAGACUGGGAGUGUAUGACAGAGCUGCUGCUGGAGGAACCAGUGCAGGGAGAAGAGGUGUUGUCGGACAGACAGGAGAACGCUCUGAUCGAGCUCACUGUGUGUACUAUCCGUCAGGCCGCGGAAGCACACCCACCUGUGGGGAGAGGGACUGGAAAAAGGGUCUUGACUGCAAAGGAAAGAAAAACCCAGAUUGAUGACAAAAACAAACUAACCGAGCACUUCAUCAUGGCACUUCCCAUGUUACUCUCAAAAUACCAGACAGACGCAGAAAAAGUUGCAAACCUACUGCAGAUACCUCAGUUCUUUGACCUUGAUGUGUACAGUGCUGGGAGAAUGGAGAAGCACUUGGAUGGGUUGCUCAAGCAGAUCAAGAUUGUAGUGGAGAAGCAUAUAGACACAGAGGUUCUGGAGGCCUGCAGCAAGACCUACAGCAUCCUGUGCAGUGAGGAGUACACCAUCAUGAACCGCGUGGACAUCGCCCGGAGUCAGCUCAUUGAUGAACUGGCCGACCGAUUCAACCACUCUGUGGAAGAGCUGCUGCAGGCGGGCGAAGAAGCAGAUGACGAUGACAUCUACAAUGUUCUCUCAACUGUGAAGAGACUCACUGCCUUUCACAAUGCUCAUGACUUGACCAGAUGGGAUUUGUUUGGGAACUGCUACAGGUUGCUAAGGACUGGAAUAGAGCAGGGAUCUAUGCCAGAGCAGAUAGCAGUGCAAGCUCUUCAGUGUUCUCAUUACUCAGUACUGUGGCAGCUGGUGAAGAUCACUGAGGGCUCCCCAUCCAAGGAUGAUCUUCUAGCACAAAGAAGGGUUGUCAAGUCUUUUCUAGCUGUAUGCCAACAGUGUUUAUCAAACGUCAACACGCCGGUCAAAGAGCAGGCGUUCAUGCUGUUGUGUGACCUGCUGAUGAUCUUCAGUCACCAGCUCACCACAGGGUCCAGAGAAGGUCUACAACCGCUGGUGUUUAACCCAGACAGCACCUUACAGAACGAACUGCUCAACUUUGUCCUGGAUCAUGUGUUCAUUGACCAGGAUGAAGAGAAUCAGAGCAUAGAAGGUGAUGAGGAAGAUGAAGCUAACAAGAUCGAGGCCUUACACAAGAGGAGGAACCUUCUAGCUGCUUUCAGCAAGCUCAUCAUAUAUGAUAUAGUAGACAUGCCUGCUGCUGCUGAUAUCUUCAAACACUACAUGAAGUACUACAAUGAUUAUGGAGACAUCAUCAAAGAAACACUAAGCAAAACCAGGCAGACGGACAAGAUACUGUGUGCCAAAACACUCAUUCUGAGCUUACAGCAGCUCUUUAAUGAGCUGAUCCAAGAUCAGGGUCCUAACUUAGACAGAACCUCAUCUCAUGUCAGCGGCAUUAAGGAAUUAGCCCGCCGUUUCGCCCUGACCUUUGGAUUGGACCAGAUCAAGACCAGAGAGGCUGUGGCCACACUGCACAAAGAUGGAAUCGAGUUUGCCUUUAAAUAUCAGAAUCCAAAAGGACCCGAGUAUCCGCCUCCAAACCUGGCUUUCCUAGAGGUUCUCUGCGAGUUCUCCUCGAAGCUGCUUCGCCAAGACAAGAAAACAGUUCACUCGUAUCUGGAGAAGUUCAUGACCGAGCACAUGAUGGAGAGGCGUGAGGACAUCUGGCUGCCGCUCAUCUCCUACAGGAACUCUCUAUUGACGGGUGGAGAUGAGGACCGCAUGUCCAUCACCAGCGGCAGUAGCAGCAGUAAAGCUGGAUCUAUACGAAGCAAGAAGGGCCGCCCAGCCCUGCACAAGAAACGCAUCGAGGAGGAGAGUUUAGAGGGCUCUUGGAUGAUGAGGAAUGACACUUUGCGGACCCCAGGAGCCCUGCAGACCCCCCAGCUCACUUCCACCGUACUCCGAGAAAACCCUCGCCAGGCUGCCGAGCACAUCCCAGACCAGGACUCCGAACCCGGAUCUGAAUCAGACUACGUACAUAAUCCUCAGAUGCAGAUGUCCUGGCUUGGACAGCAGAAGAUGGAAGAGGUGAACAGGAAAGAACGCACAGCCAUGAACUACAUGAAGGCCAGGAGUGGAGGAGGAGUACGACACACUGUACGUGGUCUCAUGGAGGAUGACGGCGAACCCAUUUUUGAGGAUGUCAUGAUGUCAUCUCGUGGACAUCUAGAAGACAUGAGUGAGGAAUUCGAGGACACUAUGGUGAUUGACCUGCCUCCAUCCAGAAACAGGCGAGAGAGGGCGGAGCUGAGACCGGACUUCUUUGACUCGGCAGCCAUGAUUGAGGACGAGUCGGGUUUCACAAUGCCCAUGUUCUGAACUGCCAUGACGAAAGGUGAAAGAGCGAUGUAAAAGCAUGUGCUGAAGAGGCAUUCACUUCUAAACGUGGAAGCACCGGUCUCCAGUUGAAGUGAAUCUGACUUGAACUUUCCAAAAACCCUCAAUCUUUUAUAAAACGCCACAUCAGAGGAGCUUUUAUUCAUUUAGAGAUUAUUUUAACUGAUGCGGUCCAGUCAUAUCUCUACCCAGCGGUUUAUUUCGGCCGGCUCAUAUAAAUCACACAGGAUAGGAUCUACGUUGUGAUACAGAUCGAUCAUGUAAGAAUGCACAGUCCCAUGUGUUAAAGAUGUACAUAUUGUGUUCACCCAUCCUAUUGUGUAGACGCCCUGUACAUGUAAAUAAUGAAGUCGCUUUUGCUGUCAGGUCAACAGAUGGUUUCUUCCUCCCACACCACAUUCAGUAGUAAAUGUUGGUAAAUCUUCAAUUUCUUAAUUUACAUGUAAAAGAACACUAUUGUUUUAAACAGAGUAAACAGUUUGGUUACAAUAAUAAAAACGCAGUUAAUAUUCAGACUG